UGCCAUUGUAGAUUCGAUCACGCUCCAUCAUUCCUCUUCUCUUCUUCGCAUGAUGGGCAACCCCGAUUUGCAUCCCUUGGAUAUUCCAGAAAUUAUUUCGCUUGUUGGCGAACACCUCGAUGAAAAAAGUCUUUUUUGUUGCAUUCGUGUUUCCAAGACAUUCCACGACACACUUGUCAAAGCUAUUUGGAAAAAGACUAAAAUUAACAGUCCUUCAAGAUAUCCUACCGCUGAAGCACUGCAGACCUACAAGGAAUAUAUUGAAGAGCUUGGAUUUUAUUAUAACUUCCCAGAGGAAUUCGGAUCAUUGCAAGGUUGUAAGAACCUUAAACAUAUUGAGUACUAUGGAGGCUCACCGCCUCUGAACCCAACUGCUCGGAGUGAUCUUUCCAAUCUCAUCAAGGCCCACAGCUCCACAAUCACCAAGCUAACGUUCUAUUGUCCAACUUUACGAGAGAUAUGGAAAGCGCUGUUGGGAUGCACUCGUCUUGAAACCUUGAUGAUCCAAGAGAUAGUUAUACUCAAAGAUGAAGUCGAUCUGUUCUUUCAAGCCUGUAAGAAAGUCAGGAUCUUGACCAUAUCUAGAGUAAACAUCAGUCGGCUACCUUCCGAUUUCCUGAACGAUGCCACCGACACAUUCACUUUCCCAAAUCUGAGCACAUUACAUCUUCAUAAGGUCAAAAUAGUCAAUCCUCCACAUCCGCACACAUCGCCAUAUUGCCUCGCCAUGUUGACUAGGAGAUGUCCAGGAUUAUACACAUUGAGCUUCAAUGGACACGGAGAUGACGAUCGAACUUCACCUAAUGUUUUCUAUAAGACAGCACUACUUCAUCGACCUUAUGCGUUGAAAAACCUAUCGGAUCUACACUUUUCAAAGAUGGAUUUAAAGGACGAGGAUAUGGCGGCACUUCUUAGAUUGAUGACCGAACUAAGACAGCUGGUUGCUCCACACUGUGAGUUCGGCCCACUUUCUAUUCGGGAAUUGUUAGCAAACGAACAGGAGAUGUUGGAUGAUGGACAGAUAGUACGGAAAGCAAGAGAACAGAGGCUCUGCGAUGCAGUUGAGGUAUUGGAAAUCAAUACAGAAAGUCACAUAUCUGGUGGCGCUGUUCAAGCAGUGUUGUCUAAUUGUCCACGUCUGAAGAAGCUAGUGGGAUCCAAAAUCAGAGUGACAGAGAUUGUCGAUGGUGCAGAGUGGGUUAGCACUGAGCUGACUAUACUGAGUAUCCGUCUUGAAGCCGAUGUUGAUCAAGAGACUGCAGAAGGCAUGCAGAAGCAGCGUAUUGCGUUUAAGCAGCUAGGCAAGUUGACUCGACUAAACUACCUUGAUUUGACAGAACAGACUUCAUUAUCUCAGAAAAUCCGGACACUGGACUUGAGGUUAAGAGCAGGUCUGGAUGAGCUAGUCAACUUGAAGCGUCUAAGAUCACUAUCCUUCCAAGGUGAUAACCAUCAGCAGAUGCAAUCUGAGGAUGCGUUGUGGGUUAUAAACAAUUGGCCAGACGUCGAAUUCUAUGGAGACAUUGCGGCUCAAGAUCCUGAUACUGAGGAAUUAGUGGAUAGCAUAUUCGAAAAGCGCGGAAUUGUACCUGGUUUGAAAGGAGGGGCAUGGGCCUCUUUUUCAAAGAAUAAUUGUUAAAAAAAGAUGCUGCCAUAAUAAAGGAG